GGGUAGGGGGAAGGUAUAAAACCCCUCAUCCCCGGCUUAUCCCAGAGCUUGACUUUACGUUGACUCUUCAAACAAACCACCCCUGAAUUUCUAUACCAAACCAAACCAAACACCACCCAACCCACCAAAAUGGAAGACCGACCCCUCAGCCAAGUCAGCACCGACCCAAUAACCCUAACCGCGCACGAAACCUCCUCAGCCCUCCUCUUCCCAACCUUCACCGCCACCACGGCUUUCAACCUGGGCCUCGCCCUACGCACCCGGAUCCUCGCCCUCCCGGCCACAUCCCGCAAACCCGCCCUCAUCAGCAUCACGCUGACCACGGCGCCCCUGCCGGCCACCUCCGCCGACUCCAUCCCCCCACACGUCGUCUUCCAAUGCGCCACGGAACCCGGCACGAUCCCCGAUAACGAGGUGUGGGUGCGCCGGAAGCGGAAUACCGUGUUGCGGUGGGGGGUGAGUAGUUGGUUGAUGCGCCACAAGCUGUUGGCCGCGCUGAGGGAUGCCGAUCAAGGGCAGGUGGAGGCGGCGUUCGUCCGGAAGUAUGCCCUCCGGUCGGGGAAUGGCGGGGCGGUGGCGGAUGAUUAUGCCAUCCAUGGCGGCGGGUUCCCCGUGCGGGUGCGCGGGGUCGAUGGCGUGGUCGGCGUGAUUGUCGUCAGUGGGUUGAAGCAGGAGGAUGAUCAUCAGGUCAUCGUGGAUGUCGUGAGGGAGUUUAUUGCUCAGGGAGAUGGGGAGGUGGCUUCUUCUUAA